AUGAUCAGAAUCAACCUCAAGCGCACAAGAGACGACGAAGCAACCGGCGACUGGGGCACGGAAACCCACCCAUCAACACCGCCCCGCAAAGCCGCGAAGCUGAUUCUGAAGCUCAACUCUCGUCAUAUCUCCAAUGCGGCACAACCGGAUUCCAGCAUCAAACCCGCAGGACCUCCCACCUCCAGAUCCCAAUGCUCAAAAAAAGCGCAAGCACUGCGCCUCGCCUCCCUAUCCUGGCUCCCCUCCCUCACCUCCCAAAUCGCCAGCAUCGAAGCCUGGAACCGCAGAACAAUCCGCGAGGCCGGGUUCGCCGACAUGUCGCGCCACCCGGACAACAUCAAGAGGUUCUACAAAGACCGCAGCGAGUUGGUUGACGGCAAAACCGCGAAGCCGCUCGAUGCCGAGGACGCGGCGUUUGUGGACCGGACGUGGCCUUGGCUGGGCGAGAAGGCGGCGGAGGAGGAUCGGUGCGGGUGCAAGGCGCGCAGACGGUGUAGGUGCGUCAAGGAGUAUUGUGGGGCGAAGAAAGUGAGGGGGAAGGAGGAGGUGAAUGAGCGUAAGAAGGCGCUGUUGGCGCGUCUCGAGGCGACGGACAGGAAGUUCUUGUGA